AUUAUUGUUAUUAUUAUUUUCUUAUAUCCCACCUUUCUUGCAAUAUCAGGAUGCCGCCCAAAUUAAGAUUUAAGCCGGGUAGAGGUAAAUCGAGUGGGAAUGAAAACCCUUGGUAAUGUCAGGAGCUCCUAGGAAAUACUAUGGGAUGAAGAAAACGUCACAUGGAUUUCCAAAAUAAAACUGGUUUGUAUAGGAACCAAGCUUGGCACUUGGAGAGUCAUUUAUCUCAUUUGCAGAGUGUAACGCUUCUUUCCCUUACUUUGGUCCAAAUUGCAGAUGGCAAAGCAAUAUGGAAACGUUUAUACUGUUUGGGCGGCAAAUCUACCCAUAGUAAUCCUGUCUGGAUUCCAAACUGUGAAAGAAGGACUGGUCGACCAUUUGGAAGAAUUAUCGGAGAGGCCACAGACUCCUUUCUUUGCAACAUUCGGACAAAGAAGGGGUAUUAUACUUUCUAAUGGUCACAUAAGGAAACAGCAAAGACGGUUUGGGCUGGUUACUAUGCGGAAACUGGGGCUGGGAAAGAAAGGCAUGGAGAACCAAAUAGAAGAGGAAGCCCGACAACUUGUGGAGAUUUUUGCACGUGAAAAAGGGCAGCCGUUUGAUCCUUCAGCCGCCAUCACAAAUUCAGUCUCCAAUGUGAUCUGCGCAGUGACGUUUGGACACCGGUUUUCUCUUGAAGAUGAAACCUUUAAGAAAUUAAUUGAAGCCCUUGAACUUACCUUAAAUUUUGCAGGAAGCUUCUCUCAUGCGCUUCACGAAGUGGUCCCUUGGCUCAUGAAUCAUCUUCCAGGGCCUCACAAGAACGCAUUUGAUUUCUCAGAGAUGCUGGUAUCCUUAGCAAAGAAAGAAAUAGAGGAACACAAGGAAAAGUCCCUUCACAAGCCACAGGACUUCAUUGACUUCUAUCUACUUCAGAUAGAGAAAAGCAGGAAAGAUCUUACCUCUACAUAUGAUGAAGAGAACCUAGCUUUAUGUAUUCAAGACUUCUUCAUGGCUGGAACAGAAACGACAGCCAUUGCCCUCAAAUGGGCAAUCCUCCUCUUGACAAAUCAUCCGGACAUCCAAGAUAAAGUCUCCAAGGAACUAAAAGAUGCUCCCUCCUCCCUCCGCUAUCAGGAUCGGAAGAACUUGUCGUAUACAAAUGCUGUGAUCCAUGAGAUCCAGCGUUCAAAAUACAUCUUGUUGGCUGGGUUCCCGAGACAAUCUGCCAAAGAUGUGAACAUCGGUGGUUUUCUCAUUCCCAAGGGUACCCUCAUCUUUCCAGAUCUACGCUCUGUUCUUCUUGAUCCCAAGCAAUGGGAGACUCCUGAAGAGUUCAAUCCAAAUCACUUUUUGGACACGGAGGGGAAUUUUGUCCCUAGGGAAGCAUUUCUGCCAUUUGGAGCAGGCAACCAGGUCGGUCUAGGGAGCAACUUGGCGAGGAUCGAGACCUUCAUCUUCUUGACCAGUCUGCUGAGGGCCUUCCGGUUCCAGCUGCCGGAAGUUAAAGCAUUCAAGGAAAACCCUGUAGUAGGAAUAACAACGUCACCCCAUCCUUACAAAGUGUGCGUUGUUCCACGCUCCAGGUUUUGAUGAAAUAAAACAAUUCCAUUGGCAUAUAUAUUCUUGUAAUUUAAAGAACAGUUAAAAGUAAAGGUAAUCCCUUGACAUGAAUAUCUCGUCAUU